GAGCGAGUCCGUCAGACGCGUGGCGAACGUUGAAUUUAACGGUCGGUUUGGCAGUGAAAGUGGAAAGAACGCGGUGUACCGCAUUGGGCCAGCGAAUCGUUUUGUGCGCAAAACAGAAAACAGCAAAAAGAAGAAAAUUGUAUUGCAACAAAAAAAUACAAAUAAAAGUGAAAUAAACAUAAAGGAUACGAAAAAACAAAAAUUCGAGGAUUAUAAAUACAAAGAAAUACAAACUUGUGCAAGCUGUGACACUCCAAUUAACUAAGUCUAUUCCCUAGCUAAACUACAUCUAAGCAUAUACUAAGUUCGAGUUCGGAAUCCUUGGAGUCUUCAACAAUUUCUGCUCACUUCCGGCAUCAGCAGCUGGACCCAAACACACAAACGCUCAUAGCCAUUUAAGAGAGUGCCAACUGAAGGAAAUUACUAAUGCCAAAUGGAUUUCGUCUAAAUAAAACUCCAAAAAAACAAGACCAAUAAUUAAAAGGCGGAAAUCGAAAUGAAUAAACAAUCGAUUGAUUGUCGGCAAAAUGUGCAAAUUCGUGGAGUGCAAAUCAAAAGCAAACUCGAGUGAAAGUGAAAAAUUGAGGCCUCAAGAAAUUAUUAAUUACCGCAGUGCUUGUUAGCGGAAUUCACCCAAGGAGAGCGAGGCAGACAUUUUGUUUAUGAGCCAAUUUGCCAGCCCCACCCAAGCAACAGCAAGCUGAAGCAGCGAGAGACAUCUAUAAUUUGCAUAUUCCCCAGCAUCCCACACUCCCCAGUCGGACCCCAACCUACCCCAUACACACAUACACACACAUAGCAGAACAGACAGCGCGGCGUGUGAAGUUGAAGUGUUUAUUAAAUAGUCUUGCCGCAAAUGUCGGGCGUCUUCUGAGCAAAAGACAGUGCCUGCCCCCAGCUCGCGAAGUACUCCCCAUCAUGCUGGAGUUGCAACUGCGCAAAGAUUUGUCAGCGAACUCGGGCGAUAUCAACAAAAUGAGACAACACCAGGCAUUGGAUACGGGCCACAGACAGCAACGAAGGAGACACGAGCCUGACUACAGAGCCUUCCAAACGAGACUCUGCCUGAUGCUGCUCGCCGUUCUGCUGCUGAGCACGGAGCUCGUGGAGUGCGCGCUGCGCAAUGUCAAUUUAAUCAUUGAACCACCGGCAGUGCGACGGGGCCAGCAUGUGGUGCUGCGCUGCAUGUACGACCUGGAUGGGGCCCCCCUCUAUUCGGCGAAAUUCUAUCGCGGUCAAUUGGAGUUUUACCGCUAUACGCCCGGUGAAUUUCCCAAUACGAAAGUGUUUCCAUUUCCUGGCAUUCACGUCGAUGUAACCAGCUCGAAUGCCACCCAGGUGCUCAUACGCAAUGUUGGAUUCGGGCUCUCUGGAAACUUUUCAUGCGAAGUCACCGCCGAUGCCCCACUUUUUUCGACAGCCACAGCAGUGGACACCAUGCAAGUUGUCGAGCUGCCCGAGAAGCGUCCACUGCUGUCCACGGAGCACACGCGCUACGAGCCCGGCGACGUUCUGCGAGCAAACUGCAGCACUCCGCCCUCACGCCCGCGGGCUGAGCUUACAUUCACAAUCAACAACAUGGUGAUAACCAAUGUGGAGACCCAGUACAUACGAACCAUCGAUAAUCUGAUUGCCUCCCGCAUCUCGGUUAAGCUGCAGCUGCAGGGUGUGCACUUCUCCAGCGUCAAUCCGGCCAUCUACAAUGGCGUUUACGGGCUGAACUCUGUCUAUGGCCAUGGGGGGCCUAUCUACGCACCCAAUCCGAAUCCGGGCGGACUGCUGCUGCGAUGCUCGGCACAAAUCGGCGACCUGUAUCAGGAGUACAAGGAAAUUGAAUUGGGCACUCCGCAAAAGGAUCCGAUACCGGCACGAGUUACACUCUCAUCCGACUCGAGCCUGACGAACUUUUUUAGUUCGUAUUUCUCGACAUCGUCCGCCUCGCCUCGACCCAGCCCCAGCGUCUGCGUGGCGCCCCUCGUAAUGGGCGCCCUGGCAGCCCUGAUUAUUAGCUCCCUGAUGGGCCAUGGGCUAAUUGUGGCUGCAGACACCCGCGAAGAAGCUGCAACGGAACCAGCAGCCGCCACAUUGAUGACACAUUCCAAGAAGCAGCCGCGUUCCCUUCUGUCCAGCUGCAGCGCCUCCAAGGCGCCCGCGCAGCCACUGGCCGGGCCAGUAGCACGGACAGGCCAGGCCUAAGCGAGUGCUGUCCGGCGUGCGACAUGUGUUAACGGUUACCAAUUAGUUAAUUCCUUAAGUACGAGUAAUUCAACAUAUUUUUUAAUGCAAGCCUGAGUUGCGUUUGGCGUUCGGUUCGAUGAUCUUCAUUUGAUGACUGCUUUUCAUUCUCAUUUCAUUGCAACGCACUUUUGAGGUGUGCUGUCUACUAGCGAGCUAAAAAGAGAACAAAACCAAAAAACAAA